GUCGCCGUGAUAUAGACGUACCUACGCGACGCUCUCGACCGCUGGUACGACGAUAAUAUCAUACCGCGCGCGGCUUCCAUUUAUCGCAUUAUAUACGUGUGCGUCGCGCCUCUCGUCAGUCCGUCUCGCGUCGUACAGAGCGUCCUCUGCUCAACCAUCGCGCGGUCUCAGCGAACCGUGUGCGCGGCGCGUGUGUGUGUCGUCGGUGUGUGURUGGUCGUCGCGUGUGUGCGUGUGUGCGUAUAUACCGCGUACGUGUGUCGGCCGGUGUGUGUGUGUGAGCGGCCACGCGACCGUGUGCGUGUGUGCGUGAGCGCGCGGCGCGUAUAAUUUUGCGGACACCACGGGUCAGUGUGCGCCGGUGCGUGUCAAUCACAUUCGCGAAUCGCGCGUGUAUUCCGUUUUUUUUUCUUUCGAUUUUCGCCGAUCUCUUUCGUCCGAGUUUUUCUUCCGUCGUCACUUCCGUUUCGAAUUUCUUUCCGACGCGUUCGAAAUUUUUCCACAUACUCUAAUCGACCCAUCCGUUCGACAUCCGUUCCGAAUUAUAUUACGCGAAAAAGUAAAACACAAUAAUAAUAUUAUAAUAAGCGCACGAACGCAAAAUAUUCUACACGCCAUAAUAAUAAUAAUAAUAAUAAUAAUAAUAACAACAAUAAUAAUAAUCGUAUGAUAGUAUUACGAUCGUCGUCGUCGUCUUCGUCGACGAUGCGUCUGUCACGACGUGCAGAUAUUUUGAUAUCGUAUUUUAGUUUGUUGACGGACAUUCUUCCUUGUGGAUAAAUCGCGACUAAAGCCCACCACCCGCUGGACCCGAACUAUAAAGAUAAAAUAGAUGAUCUCGCGGACUAUCAAAUAUCCGAGAUUUUUGCAUAUGGAGAACGGUCGGCUGAAAUCUUUAAUAUCGUGUGGAUAGAGGACGUCUAAGUCGUAGAUUACGCAUCAUAUCAAUCAUAUUACUAGUGAGGGAAAGAACGUCAUGCUUAACUGCACCGAUGCCGAGUGCACGUUGCACCAUCACCACAUUCACGUGGACCCGAUACAGCAUCAUCUACAGGAUGAUCGGCAACACCAUGAACAUUCCUCAGUUAUGUCCAGUGAUGCGAACAGUUUGAACGAUAUAUAUCAGGGGUUCAUUAACAGCAGUGCAAAUCCAGAAUACUCUUCCGAACAUGUCGAUGUUCCAAACGAAGGAGUGUACAUGGUGUGCGGUGUCCUCAUCGCCAUGGUGCUCGUCGCUGUGAUAAUUGUAAUCCUAGCAGUUACUAUAAGCAAGCUUAGGAAACGCGAGGAGACCGCCGCGGCCACCGCAGCGGCCACAGCCGUCGCCACCGCCAACACCGCGAUCAACAACAACAGYAUCAACAACAACAACAAUGUGGACUGUCAGCUGCCCCAUGCACAGCCUGUCGACGUCGCCGUCGUCACAAACGUGUCGGGUGACGUGUGCGAUGCGCCCGUACCUUUACCGUUCCUCUGGCAGUAUUCGGCCAAAAACGCUGCAGCCAAAAACACCAAUGGGUAUAACUCACCAUACAGGCUGUACAGCUCCGAUCAGGACACAUUGGUGUGCAGUGUACCCAUCGAAGAAACCGCGGAGCACCGCAAGGGACUACGGAAAAACUUGCGAGGCAAGUGGCGAAGACUGGUGCACAAAAAGCAACAGCAACAAGACGCAUACAAAAUACCCGCAGAACUACGGGACCAGCUCAAACAGAUAUAUGUGUACUGAUUCUAAAAGUUUGUUUUUCCAAGACAAUCCACAAAACCUAUCAAUUUUGCAAUCUAUUAUUACUAUAUUAUUUUUAUUAUAUAUUUUUUUUUCUAURAAAGGACAAAACAAUCUUAUGUUUUUACUAAUAACGUACCUAUGUAUAAUAAAUUUUCAUUCCUCUUAGAGAAUUAAGUUUAAUUUGUAUUUAAUUUCACAAACUAAACAAAAGGAAAAUGUUGACCCAAUCGAGUGUGUACAACUUUUUGAUAAAUUAAUGAUAGAAAAAAAACACAAUACAACAAUGAUAAUUUGGUUUUGUUUGAGAAAAAAUUUAGACUGUUAAAAUGAAAAACUGGCAGUCUUAAUAUUAUGUAGAAAGAACAUUAUGGUGCCAUUGUUUAUAACAUCAUUUUAUUAUUACAUAUUAUUUUUGUUUUAAAUUCGUGAUAUAGGUAUUAAUUAAUAUAAUAAUUUAAUUUAUACACAACUAUUAUAUUGAACAUUGUAAUAUAAUACUUGUGGUAGGUAGAUAAUGUACAUAUUGAAUAGUUAAGGCCAUACCUAAUAUAGCUUUAGAAAUUUUAGCAAAAUACUAUUAAUGAAAUAUUACUUAUGUAGAACUUCACAAUAUUAAUUAAGUAGUAUUUUAAAUUGAAAACUGUGAGCUUCUUUUAUGGUGAUAACUGGUAACAUAAAUAAAAAUAAAUUUAAAAGACUUAAAAUUAUUGUAUCCCUUAUUGCUAUUUUUGCCAGCAAUGUAUAUUUAUUAUCCAAGUAAUAAAAUGUUUUUUGACCAAUUUUUAUAUGAACUGUGUAUAAUUGUAAAAGAAUAAUGUACAACUGGUAAAAUUAUUUUAUAAUUUUGAGAAUUGAACCUGCUCAGAAACAUCAAACUGGAACGUAAAUAUAUUUUUGGAAAAAAAUUCUUUCCUUAUCUAGUAAAAAAAACUAAUUUAUUCAAAAACUAAAAUUGUGAUUUUUGUCUAUGUAAUUAGUACAUAUGGUAUCAACUGA